GGGUGGCAGAGAUUGUCCUGGGCAGAGCAAAAGGAAGAGGUGGGGGAAAAAAAAUACUCUUCCCUUUGCGAUUUUUAAUCGUGCAACGCCGAAAGUGGUUGUCAGCUACUGUCUCCUGCACUACAUAAAGGUGACCGGUUGGCUGACUCCACCAUCACACUCGCAUUGGCCCUUGACUUCCUCUCUCACGUGACCACGCCCCUUCUUUCACAUCCAAUCCCGACAUGGAGCCCAUCAAGGUCCAAUCAGAAGGUGGACUGAAUGUGACCCUUACCAUCAGGCUGCUGAUGCAUGGCAAGGAGGUUGGAAGCAUCAUAGGAAAGAAAGGAGAAACAGUGAAGAAAAUGCGUGAAGAUAGUGGCGCUCGUAUCAACAUCUCAGAGGGGAACUGCCCUGAACGGAUAGUCACCAUCACCGGGCCAACAGAUGCCAUUUUCAAGGCCUUUGCCAUGAUAGCCUACAAGUUUGAGGAGGAUAUAAUCAACUCCAUGAGCAACAGUCCGGCCACCAGCAACCCGCCUGUGACCCUGAGGCUCGUCGUCCCUGCCAGCCAGUGCGGCUCCCUCAUUGGCAAAGGAGGCUCCAAAAUCAAAGAAAUGAGAGAGUCCACAGGAGCUCAGGUCCAGGUGGCAGGUGACAUGCUCCCCAACUCCACUGAGAGAGCAGUGACGAUCUCAGGGGCCCCCGAGGCCAUCAUCCAGUGUGUCAAACAAAUAUGUGUGGUGUUGCUCGAGUCCCCACCGAAAGGUGCCACCAUCCCCUACCGCCCCAAGCCUGCCUCCACCCCUGUCAUUUUUUCAGGUGGCCAGGUAAGAGCAGACCCACUGGGGGCGUCCACAGCCAACCUCAGCCUCUUACUGCAGCACCAGCCACUGCCUGCGUAUACCAUUCAAGGACAGUACGCCAUCCCACAUCCAGAUCAGUUGAGCAAGCUCCACCAGUUGGCUAUGCAGCAAACCCCCUUUACCCCCCUCGGACAGACCACCCCUGCCUUCCCCGCAGCAGGUCUGGAUGCCAGUAACCAGGCCAGUACUCAUGAACUCACCAUUCCCAAUGAUCUAAUAGGCUGCAUAAUCGGACGCCAGGGAACCAAAAUCAACGAGAUCCGUCAGAUGUCUGGGGCGCAGAUCAAAAUCGCUAACGCCAUGGAAGGGUCAUCGGAGCGCCAGAUCACCAUCACAGGGACCCCCGCCAACAUCAGCCUGGCCCAGUACCUCAUCAACGCAAGGUUCAGAGACGUGGCGGCCAUGUGGACUGACCCAUCUUCCAUGACCACAUCCUGAGAUCCCUGACUGGCUCCUCCGUUUGGCCCUUUCCAAUGACUGACUACCGCAGACAACCCUGAUGAAGCCCUUCGGACUCUGGCUCUGGCUCUCUGAAAACCCUGACCACCUUCCCACCCUGGUUCAAAGCACUUCAGGGAGGGGUGGGCGCUAGCUUUUGUUUCAGAGAGCCAAAUUAAAUUUAAAAAAAAGAAAAGAAAAAGAAUAACAAAAAGAAAUUCUCUGUUGCUUAGAUUUUUUAGAGAACUGUUGAAGCAUGUUGAAUGUUUAUUAGGAACAACUUGUGUUACUCUUUCUUCUUUUUCUCACUAUCUAUUGCUUUCUCUUUCUCUCUGUCAGUGCUGCGUCAUAGAACAUCAUUUAAAAGUAUAAAAAAGUACUAGUAAAAGAUUGAACUUUUUUGUAGAACGUAGUUAUUUGCAUAUAACAGCUGCUCAGUGAUGCUAUCGGCAGAGUGUGUGGUGGGAUGUAGCCAAAUGAUCAAAUUUUGAUAAUAUAUUCUUAAAAAAAACAGAAAAUUGGACCGUUCUGCUUUUGUCCUAAUUUGUAUCUUUGUCUAAUCUCUACCCAUGACUCUUUGCUGCAUCACAUGACCCUUUCAAGCCAAUGGUAUCACUCCUAGAGCCUCCUUUCUCAUGUUAAUUUCCUAGAUUUGCAUUAUAUUGCAUGUUUUCAGUGUCGUAUCGUUGCGUAUUUCAUUAAGUCUGUUCCGUGUACUUCAGACGUUAUUAUUAUAUCUUUGUGCUCCUGUUCUUUUCCACAAACUGUUUUCAGCAUUUUUGGCCACUCACGUCUAGUUCUACUCCCUGCCCAGACAAAAAACUUUCCGAUACAGCCUCCUUCUAUCAACACCGAUUAUUAGUAUAUAGAUGCAUGAAUGGAAAUUAGUGAAAAAUCAGUGGCUGAAACACUGACUGAAAUUUUAAAUGAUUGUUUACUAACUUAUUAUUCUACUGUAUUUGUUUUGUAUGAGGACUCUUGUGACUUAGCACAUUAGUCAACUACGCGGCGCUCAUGCAAUAGACUACUCAACACUUUACUCUGGACUGCCUCUGAUGUAGGGAGGAUUAGUUGGACUUAAAAACCAAGUGUUGCGUCCAAACCUUUCGGCUUCCUUCCCUUGUCUCAGAAAAAAAAAAAUUGCUCAACUUCUGGUAGAAGCUUUCAGGAGUGUUUAAAAAAAAAAGUGUGCAAGGAAGGAAGCCGAAUCUUAGUGGCACAGAGGCCUAGACGUUUGGACAAAGCCGGAUGGUAUUUUUUGGGCCAAGGAAUGUUCAGGGGUUCAUUGGGGGGAACCCACGGGGCCUGGGCGGACGUGACCACUCAGUCUCUUUUUCACGAUUGUUCAUCUCGUCAUGUUCUUUUCAUUGUCAUGAUUUGAUUUUAACGCUUUAGGUUUGAAUGUCUUUUUAUUGUCGCGACUGUGUCAGCAACGUAAUUGUUUUUGUUUAAAAAAAAAAAAAAAAGAGGACAGGUUGGAUGACAAUUCCUGCUUUGCUGUUUUUCCAGUAAAGCCAGCAUGUAUUUAUUUAUGGUGUGACUUUAUGAUAUGACUUUUCAUUCAUCGGUCAUGAACAUUAAGCUAAGUUAGUUUUGUUGUAUUGUACUUAAUAUGAGAGGGAGGUGUGGGCGAUAUUUGGUACGAUUCAGUAAUGCAGCCACCCCCAGUAUCUUCUACUCAUGAGGAUACACUACAGAUAUUAGACAGCUUUGGGUCAUCUUUACUUCUGAGCUUCUGCUCAGCUCUUUUAAGUAUUGCCACAAACAAACAGCUGUUGAAUGUUAUUGUCAACUCACAUUAUCUGCCAUCCAACACAGAAACUUUCUGCAUUUACAAUACUUUUGUUUUAUUGGCAGUAGCCUACAUAAAGGAGAAAUUUUACAGUUUAGGGUUAAGUUUUUUGGGGAAAUAUGCUUAUUUUUGUGUUUUACAAAGUACAUGUCUACAUGCUAAAUACGAAGCAACUGCUGGCUAACCUAGCUUAACAUAAACACUAACUAGCCUGGUUCGGUUAGGGCAUGUAAAGACUUCUAAAUUAUAUGCCACACCGUAUUCAUUCAAUUAAAAAUUGUUGAAUCUUUACACUAAAUUAAGCUAACUUUCUCUAAGCUAAUGUUUUUGAUCCAUUUUUUUAAUUUCGUUUGGGCUAGCUUCUCCGGCAGUUCUUCCUAAGUUAGAAACCACAGGCAGAAUAAAAGAUAUAGUUUGCAAACUCACUGGUUUGUUGAAUCCUAAUGAGCAAAGGGUGAAUCAGCAAAUGACAGGUUCACUACCACUCAGAGAGUAGUUGGUGAGUGCAGACAAGUCAGCAUCUUCUAUAGAGGCUAAAGGCAAUGGCGGCAAUCUGCUAGCAACCAAAUCAAUCACAAGAACGUUUUCAAAAACUGGGAAUACAUAUUUUUCCCUAGUGACUGGUGGUUGCCUGAUGGUUAUGGUCUAGUCCAGGGGUUGGCAACCUGAGGCUCUUUCAGGCUUAAGCUGCGGCUCUGUGCAGCUUCCGGAAGUAAAUUAUAAGUAUCCAAUUGAAGUGUGUUUUAUUUUUGUCAGUUCAUUUCAUAUUGUAGUUCUAAAUUGGAGCAUUACUGUGAUCUUGAAAUAUUAAAAUAAAAUCAUUUUAUUUAUUUAUUUAUUUUCAUUUCUCAAUAUAUAUGUGGCUACUUCUGGUAGUAUUUGCGGCUCUCAGUGUUUGCUUUUCCGUGGAAACCAGGUUCAAAUGUCUCUUUGAGUGUUAAAGGUUGCCGACCCCUGGUCUACUCUCUAGGGUUGUGUGACUGGGGCCGUAUUCACCGGACCCAGAAUGACACAUCUGAAAAUGGCGGACAAGUUAACAUCACAUGAUUAGCAGUCACAUCGCUGCAAAAACCUCAAUACUGUUCAUUACAAGCAAGCAGUGUUCGUUCUGUCUCUUUAAAAGCCCACCUUCUUCUGUUUGGCCACCUUUUGGAAGCCUGCCAAAUGCCUGUUAGUGGUAGAGUCUGUAAUUUGUGGCCACGCUGUCAAUUUUUAAAGACAGUUGUAACAGAAGUAGCAAUAAGCAUCAACAAAUAGUCUGAACCCUUGGUUUUUGGCUUGGGGAAACUACGGCCACAUCAAAAUUUAUAGCAUUGCACAUAUGAGAAAAAGUAAGAAAAAGCAUAAAAGCACCUCUAAAAGCCUCCUUUAGCUGUUUCCAGCCUUCAUGCUAAGCUAAGUUAGCUGAGUGCUGGCAGCUAACUUCCCAUCCAGCUUUUUAGCUGCAAGAACACAAAUAAGCAUAUUUGCCAAGAAUGUCUUUCCCUAUGACUUUUAAGAGCUUAGAUGACAUAAAUGUGAUUAUAUAAAUGGACCAAAUGCUGUAUCAAUAUACUGAAGGAAGCAUAGUCAGUGAUAAUUCUGCAAUAAUUCUUACAUUUUGAUGUUAACUGAAGUAGUAGUGAUAGCAUUGAAAUUAUGAAUUUGUGUUUCUUUUUGUUUUCAGUUGUCAUAGCUUGUACUUUAAUGGAAAUUGUUGUCAAAUGGACAAGCUGAAAUUAUGGGUUUUUUGGUUUUUUUUUUAGUAAAUUUGCUUUUCUUUUUCCUUUUUUUUUUUAAGAAAAGUUAGCUAAUACUUAAGAGGGUAUCUUUAUGAAAUACCCACACGCUGUAACUGUGAGGAACAUCCUCGAGGGUAUCGUGGCUUUUAUAAAACAGUUAUCAGUGCAUGUUGAAAUGUUUGCUUAAAAUGUGGCUAAUCAAUGACUGCACAGCCGGAGCAUGCAUUUGACAAAUUAAAUCUUGUUGUGUUUAAUGAAUUUGAUUGCUAAGCAGGAAUAUUGACUUGUAAGUGAUGGCAGUGUGAUUUCAAUAACAUCAAUAUUCAUGUGUUACUCAGUGUUUGAAAAUUGUAUUUACAUUUGUGUAUAUGCCUGAGUAUACUGCGACUUUGAAACAAACUGCAACUAAUGCAAUAAUAGGGUGCAAUGUGCAAUUAUUUAUUCAGUUUAUUAUUAACGUAGAUACAGGAGAGCAGUGUAGCUUGUUUUAAAUUUUUUUUUUUUUUUUUUAUCCACUUUUCAUGUGGUGGCAACAGCGCGGGAAAAAAAGAAUGACUAGACAUGUAUUUUUUUGUUUGUUUGUUUGUUUUCUUUUUCAGCUUUUCUUUGUGUGUAUCGCAGUUUUGGGGGAAACGUGAUAGAACUUCGUAACUAUUUUUGAUUGAUUCAUUUGCUAUGUGCAGAUCUAUAUUAGUUGUGAGUAAUUACAUAGGUUUUAAUUUUAAAGUGUUGGUAAGUAUAAAUACAAAUAAAGUUUCAUUUUUUUCUUUCUGUGA